AUGGCGGCCUUCAGUGUGCUGGUGUUUGGAUGUGGGCGGCUGCUCCGGGGGUUUCUGGUGGGCCCGGCCACAACAAGCUGGGCCAGGUCUACAACUCGCGGAUUCCGAGAAGUGGUGGAGAUUCAAGAAGGGAAGACGACUAUAAUCGAAGGCCACAUCACCGGGACUCCCAAGGAGAGUCCAAAUCCCCCAAACCCCUCUGGCCAGUGCCCAAUCUGUCGUUGGAACCUGAAGCACAAGUAUAACUAUGAGGAUGUCCUGCUGCUAAGUCAGUUCAUCCGGCCACACGGAGGCAUGUUACCCCGAAGGAUCACAGGUCUGUGCCAGGAAGAGCACCGCAAAAUUGAGGAGUGUGUGAAGAUGGCCCACCGGGCAGGUCUGUUCCCAAACCACAGGCCUCAGCUUCCUGAAGGGUUUGUUCCCAAGAGCAAACCCCAGCUCAACCGGUACCUGACCCGGUGGUCUCCCAGGUCCGUCAGACCCAUCUACAAUAAAGGCCACCGCUGGAAUAAAGUGCGCAUGGCUGUAGGGUCACCCCUGCUGAAGGACAAUGUCUCCUACUCAAGAAGACCUUUGGUGCUCAAUCACUGACUGAGAGCUUCUGGGCUUCCUGAG